AUGGCUUCAGCCGGUCCUCAGUUUACUGACAAGGCCGCAAAGGCCCUGGGCGACGCCGCCAACCUUUGCGAGCAGUAUGCCCAUACCCAAAUCCUCCCUAUACACCUCGCAGUUGCCCUCUUCGACCCUCCCGCAGACGAGUCGAAAGACCAGCAGACAACUGUCAAUGCCUCCCAACAACACGCUUCCGCCCCAUUAUUCCGGCAAGUCGUCGAGCGAGCGCACGGCGAUGUUCAACAACUCGACAGAGCGCUGAAGAAGGCUCUUGUACGGUUACCCAGUCAAGACCCUCCUCCAGACCAUGUCACCAUGUCUCCUGCCCUCUCCAAAGUAAUCAGAUCCGCCCAAGAACUACAGAAGACGCAGAAAGACAGCUACAUCGCCGUCGACCAUCUGAUCACGGCCCUGGCGCAAGAUCAGAAGAUCCAAGACUGUCUGCGAGAAGCCAACAUUCCAAACAAUAAACUGGUCGAUGCCGCCAUUCAACAGAUACGCGGCACACGGAGAGUCGACUCCAAGACCGCCGACGCGGAGGAGGAGAAUGAGAACCUCAAGAAAUUCACAAUCGACAUGACACAAUUGGCUCGAGAAGGCAAGAUAGAUCCGGUUAUAGGACGAGAAGACGAGAUUCGGCGCGUGAUUCGUAUUCUAUCACGAAGAACGAAGAACAACCCCGUUCUGAUCGGUGAGCCUGGUGUUGGAAAGACCACGAUCAUCGAAGGUCUCGCACAGCGAAUCAUCAACGCGGACGUGCCCGCCAAUCUGGCCGCCUGCAGACUCCUUUCCCUCGACGUCGGAUCCUUGGUGGCCGGUAGCAAGUACCGGGGUGAAUUCGAAGAGAGAAUGAAAGGCGUCUUGAAGGAGAUUGAAAACUCAAACGAGAUGAUCGUCCUGUUCGUGGAUGAAAUCCACCUUCUCAUGGGCGCAGGUUCUACCGGUGAAGGUGGAAUGGACGCAGCAAACCUUCUCAAGCCCAUGUUGGCUCGGGGUCAGUUACACUGUAUUGGCGCCACUACCCUGAGCGAAUACCGCAAAUACAUUGAGAAGGAUGCGGCCUUCGAACGACGAUUCCAGCAAGUUCUUGUCAAGGAGCCAACCGUGCAGGAGACAAUAUCAAUCCUGCGUGGGCUGAAGGAGAAAUACGAAGUUCACCACGGUGUUACCAUUCUCGAUGGUGCCAUUGUCGCGGCGGCAACGCUGGCUGCUCGAUAUAUCACCCAGCGCAGACUGCCUGAUUCAGCCGUGGAUCUCAUCGAUGAGGCCGCUGCGGAUGUCCGAGUAAUCAGAGAAUCCCAGCCCGAAGCACUCGACAACCUGGAAAGAAAACUAAGACAACUUGAGAUUGAAAUUCAUGCCUUGCAGAAGGAGACUGACCCCGCCUCCGUCGAACGUUUGGAAGAGGCCAAGCGGGAAGCAGCUAACUGCAAAGAGGAACUCGAACCCCUCAAGGAACAUUAUGAACGCGAGAAGGCUCGAUCAAAGGAACUUCAAGACAUGAAGAUCAAGCUCGACCAGCUCAAGAACAAGCGGGACGAGGCCGAACGAUCCAACGAUCUUCAGACCGCUUCAGAUCUGACCUACUAUGCAAUCCCCGAUGUCACUGCCAAAAUCAAGCAGCUGGAGAACGCUCGAGCGCAAGCCGACGCGGAGCAGCACGCCAGACUUGGAGCGAUGGGCGAGGUCUCACCAACAGACGCCGUUGGACCAGAACAAAUCAACGCCAUCGUGUCUAAGAUGACUGGUAUCCCGGUGACCAGACUGCGGGCUUCCGAGAAGGAGAAGAUUCUCCAUAUGGAACAGCAUCUCCAGAAAGUGGUCGUCGGACAGAAAGAAGCGGUCAAGGCCGUCUCCAAUGCCAUCAGGCUUCAACGGUCUGGCCUUUCAAAUCCCAACCAACCACCAUCAUUCCUUUUCUGUGGUCCUUCGGGCACUGGUAAAACUCUACUCACCAAGGCCCUCGCCGAAUUCCUCUUCGACGAUGCCAAGGCCAUGAUUAGAUUCGACAUGUCAGAAUAUCAAGAACGGCAUUCUCUAUCGAGAAUGAUUGGUGCCCCGCCGGGUUAUGUUGGACACGACGCUGGUGGUCAGCUUACGGAGGCUCUUCGACGACGACCAUUCUCAAUCUUGUUAUUCGAUGAAGUUGAGAAGGCGGCGAAAGAAGUUCUUACCGUUUUGCUUCAGCUCAUGGACGAUGGUCGUAUCACUGACGGCCAAGGUCGUGUCAUCGAUGCCAGGAACUGCAUUGUCGUAAUGACCAGCAAUCUUGGUGCCGAAUACUUGUCCCGCAGCAACGGAUCUGACGGCAAGAUCGACUCCACCACUUCCGAAUUGGUCAUGAAUGCUCUACGCAACUACUUCUUGCCCGAGUUCUUGAACAGAAUCAGCUCAAUCGUCAUCUUCAACCGGUUGUCUAGGAGAGAAAUCAGGAAGAUUGUCGAUCUGAGACUGGGCGAGAUCCAGAAGCGUCUCGAGGCCAAUGACAAGAAGAUCACUAUCAACGCCACUGAGGAAGUCAAAGACUACCUUGGUGCCGCUGGUUACUCGCCGGCUUAUGGUGCUCGUCCAUUACAACGGCUGAUUGAGAAAGAGAUCCUCAACCGGUUGGCUGUGCUCAUCCUCAGAGGGGCCAUCAGGGACGGCGAAACUGCUAACGUUGUGUUGGAAGAUGGCCGGGUCGCCGUUCUGCCAAACCACACCGACAGCGACAUGGAGGAUGCAGACAUGUACGAUGAUGACGAUGCUAUGCUCGAGCUUGAGGAUGCUCCUAACGGAGGCAUGGAUCUUUACGAAUAA